AUGGCUGUUAGUCGACACAGGAGGCAACCUAGAGCAAUAGGCAUGCCAGCGAGUAGCACAACCUGCCUCGGAAAUCUCAAACUACUAGCCCGAUACUGUCUCAAGAAGCAGGCUUCCGAGACUCAACCACCUCAAGACCGCAACAUGUCGCAGCAGGCUGCCACAACUCACCUGUCCCGCUCUGCUAGGUCCAAUGUCCACACAGCGACUCUCAUUCGAGACCUCACCUGCGACGCCCUCCUGGCAGGCUCACCUAACGCGAACGUUCCAGAGCCCCCGAAUCUGCCGUACGAUCAUAUGGCAACGUGGAUGCAACAACAAGAUGUAGGUGCCAUUGCUCAGUUCGUGGCCACUCAGAAUACCCUCACUCCACUGGAAGCCCAUGAUUUCGAGUCUGAGGUUCCUCCUGCUCAACGACGAUCACGAACCCCGUCUCCCUUUGCGCUGUCUCCGAUCAUUCCGUGCAAUGCACAAGCGACUGCUCCCAGGGUCGACGAACGAGGAAUCAAGACUGUUCCAAAGGACGACUCAACCGAAAUCAUGAUCGAUGACGAGUCCACUGCAGCAUUGAGUAGCAGCCCUCCUUCACUCCACUCUGCCUCCUCCUCUAGUCCAUCUUCGCCAACAGUAUUGACCCCAGCAACAACAUCAUCAGAAGACUCCCCACCACCAACACCACCCCUCUCAAUCCGCCACAUCGCCUUCACAACCAACGGACAGACCGCCAUCCCUAACCCAGGCCCAACCCUACGCACAUACCCAGCAUCCCCAACCCCCUCCAUUGCCACAACGGCAUCAACACCGCCUCCAUCAAUCACAGACAUCAUCCUAGUCUCUCAAGGAAGGGUAGCACAGGAAAGACAUCGUCAGUCAGGCGUCCACAACGUCCCGGAAUCACCCUCCCUUCCUAGUUGCACAACUCCGGCUUCAGCCCCUUCGACGCCAGCGGAGUCCAUCAGACAGGUGCACUUCACUGGGGAGGGCGUGGAAGUCGGUCGGAGCUCUGGGGUUUCAUUAGGCUUAGGGAUCCACCAAAUUCCUGACACGCCUUGUACUCCUACCAAUGAUACGGGUGAUCGAGCGAGCUCGCAGGAAGGGACAGUCGAAACGGGGGUGACAAAGGGUUUGUGGUACGAAGGAGGUAGAAGAGGUGAGUCUGUCGCUUGGGGAGUUCGAUGGUAG